GGAGCGUUCAGUCGUCUCUCUCUUUUUCUACCGUACCGCAGCAGGCACUUUUCAGCAGCUGCUCCGUGCGUGCGUGUGUGUGUGCGAUCCGAACCGAUCUGUUCCGUUACGUUCCGUUACCGCUGGCCGUCGCCGUACCGUUACCGUUAUCCUCCGCGAGCCUCCGACUGCAGGAUAACCGCCACCGCAACCGCAACUCCUUCGCGCUCCACUCGCUUGUCCCCCACUGCUAGCCAAGUCCACGCCAAGCCGGAAGAAUGUCGUCCGCCGCCAAGAAACGUGACGCGCAGAAGAAGAAGGAUGCGCGCAACAAGAAGAUCCAACAGAUACCCUCCACGAAGAAGGCCAACGGCGUUCCGGAUCGCGAGCUGACCGAGGAGGAGAAGCUGUGCGCCAAGCUGGAGGAGGAGGCGCGGAUCAGUGCGGAGGCCCGAUCCUGCACAGGAUCGCUGGCUGUGCAUCCGCGAUCGCGCGACGUCAAGAUCGCCAACUACUCGAUCACGUUCUUUGGCUCCGAGCUGCUGCAGGACACCAUGCUGGAGUUGAACUGUGGGCGUCGCUACGGUCUGAUUGGGCUCAACGGAUGCGGCAAAUCCUCGCUGCUCGCCUGUUUGGGAGGAAGGGAGGUGCCCAUACCGCCGCACAUCGACAUCUUCCAUUUGACGCGCGAAAUCCCGGCCAGCUCGAAGAGUGCGCUGCAGUGCGUCAUGGAGGUGGACGAGGAGCGCAUCAAGCUGGAGAAGCUGGCCGAGGAGCUGGCCAUGAGCGAGGAGGACGACGCCCAGGAGCAGCUGAUCGACAUCUACGAGCGUCUGGACGAUAUGUCCGCCGAUCUGGCGGAGGUCAAGGCGGCCCGCAUCCUUCACGGUCUCGGCUUCGACAAGGCGAUGCAACAGAAACAGGCCAAGGACUUUUCCGGUGGCUGGCGUAUGCGCAUCGCCUUGGCCCGCGCUUUGUUUGUGAAGCCCCAUCUGCUGCUGCUCGACGAGCCGACGAAUCAUCUGGAUCUGGACGCCUGCGUGUGGCUGGAGGAGGAGCUGAAGGAGUACAAACGCAUCCUGGUGCUCAUCUCGCACUCGCAGGACUUCCUCAACGGCGUCUGCACGAACAUCAUCCACCUGACGGGCAAGCGACUCAAGUACUACACGGGCAACUACGAGGCCUUCGUGCGCACACGCAUGGAGCUGCUGGAGAACCAGAUGAAGCAGUACAACUGGGAGCAGGAUCAGAUAUCGCACAUGAAGAACUACAUUGCGCGCUUCGGUCACGGUUCCGCCAAGUUGGCGCGGCAGGCGCAGUCCAAGGAGAAGACGCUGGCCAAGAUGGUGGCCCAGGGACUCACCGAGAAGGUCUCCGAUGACAAGGUGCUCAACUUUUACUUCCCGUCGUGCGGCAAGGUGCCGCCGCCAGUGAUUAUGGUGCAGAAUGUGAAUUUCCGGUACAACGAUGAAACACCUUGGAUCUACAAGAAUCUGGAGUUCGGCAUCGAUCUGGACACACGUCUCGCUUUGGUGGGGCCCAACGGAGCCGGCAAGUCGACGCUGCUGAAGCUGCUCUACGGCGAUCUGGUGCCCACCUCGGGCAUGAUCCGCAAGAACUCGCAUCUGCGCAUCGCCCGCUACCACCAGCAUCUGCACGAGCUGCUCGACCUGGACGCCAGUCCGCUGGAGUACAUGAUGCGCGCCUUCCCAGACGUCAAGGAGAAGGAGGAGAUGCGAAAGAUCAUCGGUCGCUACGGACUGACAGGUCGCCAGCAGGUCUGUCCGAUCCGCCAGCUGUCCGAUGGCCAGCGGUGUCGCGUGGUCUUCGCCUGGCUGGCCUGGCAGGUGCCGCACCUGCUGCUGCUGGACGAACCCACGAAUCACUUGGAUAUGGAGACCAUCGAUGCGCUGGCCGAUGCGAUCAAUGAUUUCGACGGCGGCAUGGUGCUAGUUAGUCACGAUUUCCGACUGAUCAAUCAGGUGGCCGAGGAGAUUUGGGUGUGCGAGAAGGAGACGGUGACCAAGUGGAAGGGCGGCAUUCUGGACUACAAGGAUCAUCUGAAGAACAAGAUCACCUCCGAGAACGAGAAGAAGGCCAAGGCGGGAAAGUAGAUGCGCAAUAUCUAGUGGAUAUCCCACACACCCGCACACACACAGCACCCACAUCCAAAACUCACCCACAAUCCUUUCUCUUCAAUAGGCGGCGGGUGAUAUCCGCUUAUUGGGCUGCCCGCUCGCUCUCGUAAUUCAUUCUGUGCGAAAUUAGUCUUGAGUUUACACUACGCUAUAGUCAAGUCAUGUAAACGGCAAUCUACCAUCAGCAAUAAACCCAGAACACCCAAUCCAAAAACACAACCGUUGAGAGCUCAACAACUCAACAAGAAUACACAAAUUUUAGCUGAAUUUUUUUCUUUUUAUGUGUCGAAUUAAACUAAAUAAAAAUUAUAAAUAUUUAAAAAUAGAGUGGACAACAAGAACAACUUAUAAAUACAACCAACCAACUACAAAACAGCUUGUGAUCUUGCGCUUAUAUAAUUUCGUUAAAUUCUUCGCUAGGUUUCAUAUAAAAAACAUAUAUAUAAAAGUAUAUUUUAUUUUUUGUAAUUUAUUUACGCCCUAACUAUAUAUUUACAUAUUAAACAAUUAAAACUACAAUAACAAAAGUAUGUAAUUAGAGAUCUGAUUAAGCGAGUCGAACCAAAAUGUGUGAGAAACCAGAGAUGUUAAACUGCCCUCCCAAAUCCGAACCGUGAUUUAGCUGCCCGCGGAUUCGACAAAGACGGCGUGUGCUUAGCAAUUCAAUAUUCGAUUUAAAUUUAAAGAAAACAAAUAAACAGACGUUAAAAGGAUUAAUGGGUAUUACAUGAAACGUA